ACCUUCACCAAGAUGGCAAAUGCAAUCAAAUACAAGGAACUGAAAGCUCUUAUAGAAAGCAGCAAGGAUCUGAUUCUGAUUGAUGUCCGCUCUGAUGACGAGGUGAAUGGAGGACGUAUCCCUGGUUCCAUUCACAUUCCCAUUCACACACUAGACGCUGCUCUUAGCAUGAACCCAGAUGACUUUAAAGCCAAGUAUGGCAUAGCGAAGCCAGCGCUGAAUAUUCCUCAUUUGGUGUUUUACUGCCAGGCAGGCAGGCGAGGGGAGAUGGCAGCAGGAAAUGCGCGGCAAAGAGGAUAUACUAAUGCACGUAAUUAUGCCGGAGCCUACAGCGAAUGGUCAAGAAGACAAAGGAACUGAUUUCUUUUAAGGAGAAGCCUCACACUGUGCACUAUGUUUAUGUAACGGUUGGAGAAGGGAAGUCAGAUCCACAUCGAAAUCAGGAUUCAGGAUAAC